UCCGGUGACGAGCUUGAGUGAGAAAUAUGGCUAAACAUCAUCCGGACCUGAUCUUUUGCCGCAAACAGGCUGGUGUUGCCAUCGGAAGACUCUGUGAAAAAUGUGAUGGCAAGUGCGUGAUCUGUGACUCCUAUGUGCGUCCCUGUACCCUGGUGCGCAUAUGUGACGAGUGUAACUACGGCUCCUAUCAGGGGCGCUGUGUGAUCUGUGGAGGCCCCGGAGUCUCCGAUGCCUAUUAUUGUAAGGAGUGCACCAUCCAGGAGAAGGAUAGAGAUGGUUGCCCAAAGAUUGUCAAUUUGGGGAGCUCUAAGACAGAUCUCUUCUAUGAACGCAAAAAAUACGGCUUUAAGAAGAGGUGAUGGGUAGGUGGCCUCUUCCUCCCCUCAUCCAGCUGCUGCAGCUGCCAGAAAAGACGCCCGCUACUGCCAACAGAAAGGGAAUGGAGCACAAAACAUCACCCAAAUCUCCUCUCAGUACACCGGCACCUUCCCACCUUUCCUUUCCUCUCACCCCGAUAAGGUGGUAGGAAUGGAACAGGAUUCGUCACAGAGUAUUCUGGCAGACUGUAUGUGGGAAAAAAUGAUAGGUUAGCUCAUGGUUUUUCUUGAAUUCAAGAAGCAAGACUGUUUUCCACACUGAUAAGCUCUGUCUACAGCAAGAGCUUCUAAAACAGAAAUAGUAUCAUUUCAGUGUUCCUCAGGAUUUGACUGGGAAGGUACCUGUGUUUAUACAGCAGCUCUGCUGGCAGUUGUCUGUGAUGAAACCUCAGCAGUGUGGUAGGGAGCUCUCAGAACAAUAAAUGUGGCAUUUAACCUUGGUAACACUUACCAGGUAGUGCUGGUUCAUGUCAUUGCUCUUCUGAGAAUAUGGAAACCCUUUCUGUUGCUAUUGUACUAAUAAAGGAGGUGUUUAUUUUCUGGUAGUUGAUCACUGUCCAAUUUAAGUUUAACUCUAGGAAUUUAUUUUAGUCACCCAAGAAUUUGUGAUUCAGAAUAGAGGUAUUAGGAUUCAUCAAGCAACUCAUUCUGUUACUACUACUGGAAAGAAUUCAAAACUAGCCAUUCUCUGCAUUAUAGGUAGACCAAAGUCAUUUUCCGGAAUGUACUGUUUUUUCUUCCUGUCCAACUUUAACUUUGAACUGAAGAGAUAAUUUAGUUGAUUUGUUUCAUAAAGUGCAUAUAUACUCACAUGAAGGAUUUUUUUAAGUAAAGUAAUAGACUGAGGGCAAAUUCAGACAUUUGACCCUAACAGCUCUCUAUACUAUAUGCCCACUAGAGGUGAUAAGCAAGUUAACCUGAGGAGGCACAUUGAUAAUUUGAGACAACUAGUUAGGUAAGUAUUCGGACACUAUUGAUUUGAAAAAGGCUUCAAGCCUCAAGGAUCCAGGGGUUUGAUCCAAGGUUGUGCCGCAAUUUGGAGGCAAAGC